UGUAAUCAUAACCAUCAUAACGAAAUCCAAAACAUAACACAUAACAUAACAUUUGUGUGUGGCGCUUUUUUUUUCCAAAUAAUCCAAUAACUUAAUUGCCUAAUUUUUGAAAUGAAAUUGAGCAAAACAUAAAAAAAAAUAUAUAUAAAGUAUAAAUUUAAAGUAAUAUUAAUAAUCAUGUCAGAUUCAGUGCCCUCUCCGCAACAAGCCGACGCCUCAACAUCGAGCCAGACCUUGGUCGAGACUGCUGAUGAACAGAUAAUGUUUUCUUCAACAACUUUGUGUAUUUUCCGUUUUGUGGGACGUAGCAUAAAUAAAUCAAUAACAAGAUCCCUACACGCUUCUCCACUAGAAGGUAUUCGAAUUUUGGACAUGACGAGGAUAGUGGCAGGUCCUCAUUGUACCAUGGUACUAGGAGAUUUGGGAGCUGAAGUAAUCAAAAUCGAAAAACCUGGCUCAGGAGAUGAGGCUCGACUAUAUGGACCACCUUUUAUAAACGACACAAAAGAUUCUGCUUAUUUUGUGGCUUUGAAUCGCAAUAAAAAAAGCAUAUGCAUCAACACCCAGUCAAAAGAAGGCAGGGAAAUAAUUUAUUCUUUAGCCAAAAUGUCAGAUGUUUUGGUUGAAAACUUUGUGCCAGGUAAACUGGAUAAACUCCAAUUGGGUUACAGUGACCUAAAGAAAAUAGCUCCCCAAUUGAUUUAUUGUUCGAUAACUGGCUUUGGGCCUGAAGGGCCUUAUAGGACUAGACCUGGUUAUGAUUUAAUUGCCUCAUCUAUAGGUGGAUUAGUGCAUAUUACUGGACCACAGGAUGGAGAACCUUGUAAAGUUGGUGUGGCAAUGGUAGAUUUAGCUACAGGUCUAUAUGCUCAUGGUGCAAUAUUGGCAGCUCUGAUAAAACGUUCAAAAACAGGAAAAGGACAAAAAAUUGAUUGUAAUCUUCUCUCUACCCAACUUGCAACUUUAAUCAAUAUUGGAUCUAAUUACCUCAAUGCAGGAGAAGAGGCUGUUCGUUGGGGCACAGCUCAUCCGAGUAUAGUGCCUUAUCAAGCAUUUCCCACUAAAGAUGGUUAUUAUACUAUAGGAGCGGGCUCUGAUAAGCAGUUUUUGGAGUUUUGCAAUUUAAUUGAUCAUGCGAAUUUGGCUAGUAAUGAAAAAUUUUUGAGCAAUAAGGAAAGGGUGCAAAAUAGACAAGAACUAAUAGAAGUACUAACAAAAAUAAUUGUUAAAAAAACUAAUGAAGAAUGGCAAGCUAUUUUUGCUAAUUCAUCAUUUCCUAAUGGCCCGGUAAACAACUUAGAAGCUGCUUUUGAUGACCCUCAUGUCAAACAUAUUGAUAUAGUUAAAACUUUGGAUUAUGCAGAAGGAAAAAUUAAACUAGUAGGACCAGCAGUCACAUAUAGUCAAGGGGGUAAUGAAAUUAGAAGUCCCCCUCCUACUUUAGGCCAGCAUACCAAUGAGGUUUUGUCUAAUGAUCAUGCUGUUCCCAGAGUAACUGUGAAACUGAAAAAGCCAAAAACCGACAGAAAAGUUCAAUGGAGUACAGAAACAGUGGACAACGAAAACAUGGGCAAGAAAAAAUCAAAAUGUUGCUGCAUUUUCAAUAAACCUCUAAAAUUUGGGGAAAGCUCAUCGGAUUCGUCUGAUGAUGAGUGUGAACAUUGCCAAGGUCAUGUAGAUAAAAAGAAGAAAUCUGACAGUCUUGAAGCUAGUGAAGAUAAUUGCAGCAGAACAGAGUCUGUAAUCGAAGAACCCCCAAGCUCAUCUGGAGAACCUACACACACAACUUCCGAGUGAAAACCUUUUGGUAACAAUAAUUAAGGAGUUAUUACUUUAUUAUUAACUGUGAUAAGUGAUAAUUAAUUUAAAGGAAAAACAUGAUUAUGUUACCUAUGCGCUCAAAAGAAAAACAACUCUUUGCGUCAUUGUUAGAUGUGGUGUAACCAAUUUUUUAUUUAUUGAAUAUAUUUUUUAAGUUGAAUUAA